AUGUCCCUCACCCAAAAGCUCAAACGGGAGGCGACAAGCCGUUCCACCUGCGAAAUGCCUCUCCCCUUCCUCCCCUUCGUCUUCCUCGCCCACUUCACCCAGACAAUAACUUCCGUCCUCACCACGGAAGCCCACCGCACAACAGCGAGCGUCUCUAACCACCUCGAGGGCCUGCGCCUUCAGGUCCACGGGCCCGAACACACCUUCCACCCCUUCUCCCGGUUGCCAGCCGAGCUGCGCCUCAAAAUCUGGCAGCACGCCUGCGACCACCCGCGGACGCUCCUCGCAACACAUGCGCCGAACCCGACUUUACUUGCAGUGAACCGUGAGGCGCGGUAUGAGGCCUUGCGGCGGUAUACACUCGUCCGGCUAAACACCUGGGGCGACAGGCGGAUCUACAUCGAUUUCUUGCGGGACAGCAUCGCCGUCGUGGAGGGCAAGGGUGGCGGCGGAUUCCCUGUUCGCGGGGCGAGGCACGUCAUUGUCGUGUGCGAGGAGCCGUUUCGGAACCCGGGUUCGUGGUUGAAGUGUCGGUACCGGGCUGGGUUGGAGACCUUGACGCUGGUGCUGAGCGGGACGAAGACAGGCAGCAGGAUUCCUGCGCCGCUUCCUGAGAUCCGGGAGCUGUGUACGCCCGAGGAGGUUCAGCUGCGGCUUGGGUACUCGAAGGAGGAGGCGGAUAGAAUAGGGGAAGAAGUGAGAGAGUUGGCCGAGGGGUGGGGGAAGACGCGGAUCCGCGUGGGGGAGUUCAUCUGA